AUGACGACUGAUCGAGCUCUCACCUCUGAAGGCGAGAAUGAUGCGGCACCACGAUAUGCUGUUCCAACUGAACGUAUCGUCUCCGUGGAACACCCUUGUAUUGUGAAGAAUGUCGACAAAGCUACUGACAUGCUCGGAGGUGGACGAGCCAUCUCUGAUGUCCUUGAUCACCGCACACAGAAGACACUAGGCCUCAGUUUUCCUCCGGCGGGCAAGACUAUUCUAUCAAUGAACAACAAGACCGACAACGUCUUACUCAAAAUCACAGUUCCUCGGCGUGUUGCGAAGCGCAAGAGAGGCUCCGACGAGCCCUUUGUUCCUGUAGCCAGAGACGAGUACCAGGAUGCAAGCUACGUGCUCCGCUCCCUGCAGGACAACCCAGAGGCAACCACCAUCUCUUCUGUAGGGCAAAUUGAAUCUAACCAUAUCUUCCGCUCCAUCCCCGACUUUCUUUACUCGACGCCCGAUACCUUCUUCAAAUCCGAGAUUCAAUCCAAGAUCUUCUCUCAGGACUACGAUGCGAUUCGACAGCUUCAACUUCCUCUCUCGUAUGGGCUCCAGAACACGGAAAUGUACCCUCCUCCUGUCUUCUCGCCCUUUUCGCUUCCUCAGUCGUAUGCUUACAACGACAAGCAAUCGACCAAACCUGCACAGACAACGAAGACAAGAGACACUUCCUCGAUGGCUGAAGCUCACGACAUUGACCUAGAAUGGCCAAUGGCGGCCCCUGUCUCGCUGGCAGAGCCGAAGUCUCUGCCAAAGUCUGCCCAACGACUGGUGGAACAGGUAAGGCGUAUGUUCCAGAAUCGGCCCGUAUGGACGCGCCGGGCUCUCAUCAACAAUCUCCCCUCGGAUGCGACGAUAAGCCAUCUGCGGCUAGUCCUUCCAUAUGUCGCAUUUUAUGUCCGGUCAGGACCCUGGCACGAUACAUUAUGCCGCUACGGCAGCGACCCUCGCAAAUCAGCAGACGGUGCUCGAUUCCAGGUUGUUCAGCCACGAGUGGAUCUUAUUCUAGCUGGCCGACGACCUGGCUGGGGUCGAUCGCGGAAUCCAAAGGAUCAUCUCUACGCAGGCACAGAGAGCGCGCAAGAGUAUGAAAACAGGCUCUUCCAAUUUUGCGACAUAAGUGACCCGCUGCUUGCUCAACUCGUCAACCAGCCUUUGCGCGAAGAGUGUGAUCCUAUCCACUAUGGUUGGUUUCGAAAUGGAGUCUUCACCAAAUGUGAAGUCCUCCUCCGAGUGAAAUUGCAAGCUAGUCUUGGCGGACGUCCCGUCCGAGACAACGAUCUGUCGGCCUUCCUUACGUUACCAGAUCACGUUGAUUCCCCAUCCGGACAGCACACUUCGACGGCGAGCAACGUCUCGGGCUAUGUCCCCGACACGGCUUCGGACAUGGCUUGGAACAUGGCCAAGGAGUACCGCCGCAUGAUUCGCGACGUCGAGAACAAACAAGCCGGCCGCCUGGAGGAGUCCAGCAGGGGCGUCAAAGAGCCUAUAGAGCUCGACAGCACAUCUCGGACUCCUGAAGUCGAUAUCGCGCCUUCUGAGCCACUGUUCGAGAACUUUCAGGAUGCAGCUGACUGA